CACGUUUUGCCGCCAUGUUCAGCAAUCCCGAUUUCCAAGUGGAUCCAGAGAGUGAAGAAUAUCGUCUGCUCAAUCCUGUGGUCUCCAAGCUAGAAAAGGAUAGAAGGAAAAGACAAGAGAAACAAGAGAGACUUGCCCAGCAAUUUGAAGAAAUAAAUGAUGAGUUGGAGGGCAGACCAAGCAGUGAGGACAGCAGUUCAGACGAUGAACACACCUGGACCAAGGAGUUAAAAAAACAGCACAAACAGCUCUCAGAAGAAGCUAGGGCAAAGAAAAAGAGAGAACGUGAAGAAAGAGAGCUCAAACCAAAAUUCUAUGAAAUCAAAGAAGGAGAAGAAUUUCACAGUUUCAAAAGAAAAAAGAAGACAUUGAGCAAAAAAUCUUUGGCAGAGCGUGUAGCAGAUGAAGAUUCAAGUGGCAUUGUUCGCCAUGUUGGAUCCUCUCUAGGGGCCAGAGAAAUGGUGUUCUCCCUCAAGAAGAAUGAAAAAGAAAAGCAUAAAAGGCGCGAGGCAAUAGAACACCAUGCAGAAAGAAGAAAACUGAGAAGAUCUGCAGGGGACAUUGCCGGCAAACAGAAGCCCAAAUCAAAGUUCUGGAUGGGGAAGAAAGUAUCUUGAUGGCAUGAUCAGUAUUACAUCAGACUCUUGGAACAGAACUAUCAAACUAUCAAAAGAAACUGUAGAAAGGAAUUUUGAUGCACAUUUUGAAUGAGAGAUUUCCUUUAAUACAGUUAUAAGAUCCAUAACUUGAGCACUAAAG